GUAAUGUUGUUGAAAUAUACUGAAGGGAAGACAUAAAAGAAAUUUGAUCAUUUAUUUCACAUCUUACUUCAAGUAAGUAUAAACCAUCAUCUAAUUUUAGAUAUAUGUCAUAACCAUAUAUUAUUUAGGUCUAAAUUAUUACAUUUUUUGCAACACAUUUUUGAUUCUAUCAUUUAUAGUGAAUAUAGGAUGUAAUAAGAAUUCAGAAGAUUAAUAUGAACAUUCAACCAUAAUUAGAUUGGUAAUAUAAAAUAUCAUAAAUUUAGACAAUAAUAUUUUAUCGCUUUUGUUUAAUAGUAUCUGUAUUAUGUAUAACAUUAAAAUUAAAUGCAUAUGUGAAUUGGACAUGGGCAUAAGCCUUUUGGUGGUAUUGGAUGUUUUUAAGUGGUUUAGUUGGAACAACUAUUACUAUUCUAUUGAUUUUAAUCUCUAAAAUUUUCAGCAUUUAUAAUCGUUCAGAAAUACUCAAUUAUAAAAGUGAAAGUAUUAAUUAUUAUAAUUUAAGUUAAAACAUUAGUAUGGACAUUAUAUAUUAGUAUUUUAAGUAGUUUAAUAGCUGGUAUUUGGAUAAUAAAUACUUUAAAUAUUUUAGAAGUUGAUUUAAAUUUAAAAUUUGGAGAUUGUAUUAUGUACAUAUUAAUAUCAUUUAAUGUUUUGAUGUUUAGUGCAAUAUCUAAAUAUUUAUUUAAUGAUAUAGUAGAAUUUGUAUUGUCAUUAAAUUAAUUGGAAUCAAGAGAUUCAUCUCCUAAUACUCCAAAUUAAGAUUAGAAGAUCAAAAAAGAACCAACUAAAACAUAGAUAUUUUUAUAGAAAUUUUCAUCUGCAUAUUUUAAAUAAAUAAAAGAUCCAGAAAUAGUUAUAUUAAAAUGUACAAAUCAAAAUGAAAUUGAUACUGAACGUAAUACAAAUAAUAAAAUCAUAUAAAAAUCAUAAGAUCCUUAAUAAUAAUAAGAUUAUAAAUGUAUUAUUUGUUGUGAAAAUCCUCCAAAUGCUGUGUUAAUGACUUGUGGUCAUGGAGGUAUCUGUUAUUAAUGUGCUAUAUAAAUGGCUUAGAAAAAUAAGGAAUGUUUUCUAUGUAGAUAAAACAUUAAAGAAAUAUAUGAAAUUGCAGAAAAGGAUGUAAGUAUACUCAAAAGAGUUAUUUCAAAAACUAGAAUAUCUGGUUGA